CCACUUUUCCUUUCGUGUGCUGUGAUCGAUAAUAUGGUCAGACUGCUCACUACUAAUCGAAUAGGAUCAGCUAUUAAGUCGAUUUCACGCCACUUAUCAACAACUGGUAAUCUUUUUAAGGCUGAUGUGGUUGUUAUUGGGUCGGGUCCUGGGGGAUAUGUUGCUUCCAUAAAGGCUGCACAGUUAGGCAUGAAGACGGUCUGUGUUGAAAAGAAUGAUACAUUAGGAGGGACAUGUCUGAAUGUUGGUUGUAUUCCUAGCAAGGCGCUUCUAAACAAUUCGUACUUGUACCAUCUUACACACUCAGAAAUGAAGAAUCGUGGAAUUGAUAUUGAAGGCUGCAAGUUAAACCUCCCAGUUAUGUUACAAGCGAAAGAAAAAGCUGUUUCAAGUUUGACCGGGGGAAUAGCAUAUUUGUUUAAACAAAAUAAGGUUGAUCAUGUCAAAGGUGUUGGUUCAAUUGUUAGUCCCAAUGAAGUUUUGGUUAAAUGUACAGAUGGCAGUGAAAAGCGACUAGAAACUGAACGUAUCCUCAUUGCAACUGGCAGCGAAGUGACUCCAUUCCCCGGGAUUGAAAUUGAUGAACAGUCUAUUGUUUCAAGCACUGGAGCACUCUCUCUGACUAAGGUUCCUGAACAUCUUGUGGUUAUUGGAGCAGGAGUUAUUGGCGUUGAAUUAGGCUCUGUAUGGAAGCGGCUAGGUGCUGAAGUCACUUGUGUAGAAUUCCUUGGUCAUGUUGGUGGAAUGGGCAUUGAUAUGGAGAUAAGCAAAAACUUCCAGAAAAUACUAACUAAACAAGGUCUUAAAUUCCUUUUGAAUACUAAAGUUCUAUCAGCUUCAAAAUCUGGUAGUAAUAUCACAGUACAAUUAGAGGGUGUAAAAGAUGGUAAAUCUCAAAGUAUCGAUUGUGAUACUCUCCUGGUGUGUAUUGGAAGACGUCCAUACACCGCGGGUCUUGGCCUAGAGAAUGUUGGUAUCAAAUUAGAUGAGAAAGGUCGUAUUCCUGUGAAUAAAAACUUCCAGACUUCUGUACCAAGCAUUUAUGCUAUUGGUGAUUGUAUACCUGGACCAAUGUUAGCGCACAAAGCUGAAGAUGAGGGAAUAAUUUGUGUUGAAGGAAUGCUUGGCGGUGCUGUACACAUAGAUUACAAUUGUGUUCCUAGUGUUAUUUACACGCAUCCUGAAUGUGCUUGGGUUGGUAAAAAUGAAGAACAAUGCAAAGCGGAGAAUAUACCUUACAAGGUUGGUAAAUUUCCAAUGUCUGCAAAUUCAAGAGCCAAGACCAAUGAUGAACCUGAAGGACUUUUCAAAGCUUUAGCACAUAAAGAUACAGAUAGACUUCUAGGAGUACAUUUACUCGGCCCAUGUGCGGGUGAAUUAAUCAAUGAAGCUGUAUUAGCUAUGGAGUAUGGAGCUUCAGCAGAAGAUGUUGCACGUGUCUGUCAUGCUCAUCCGACUGUAUCUGAAGCUCUUCGGGAAGCCUGUCUCUCCGCCUAUUGUGGUAAAGCUAUCAAUUUCUCAUGAGGAGACAAUUCUCUACAACCAACCUAUAGUAUACUAACUGUCUUGUCUUAGAAUGAAAUCUUUCUACUCCUUCAGUUAAAAUACACGCACACACACACACUAAUUAAGUGCGCGCAUACAUGUAACCUAAUUUAGAAAUUAUAUUGAAUUUGCACCAAAAUAAUAUAUGCUGCCAUUUCGAGGUGUAAGCGAGUGAGUGAGUAAGUGAGUCAAGUAAGCCAGUUAAUGCGGCAUUUCACUCCUUUCAGACAACUUUUUAUUGUUUCGUUUUUCUUUUUCUCUGAUGAAAACCGGAAGAAAAACAUUAGUUUAUCCAUUAUUACUAUUAUUACUAUUACUGUUGCUACUACUUAAGCGGUCUUUGAACACAUGUAUGUAUGUACGUAUGUAUGUAUGUAAAGCAAUUUGUUUUUAAUACAGUAGUUAUUCAGUA